AUGUCGAACAUCAUCGGCAACCGCAACAGCACCCCAGAGUCGUCCAGUACGCCGCUAUCGUCUCAGGGGUCGACGCUACGCCCGCCGCAGACACGUCCUCUCGGUGGUUCCUCUGGCCACCACUUGCGCGCCUCGGCCGACAUGGGCCACUUCGGCCAGUCGUCGACAUCUCCCCUGGCCACCCGCGGCAUUCGUCCCGCUAGUGAGGUGUACUUCACCCACUUCCAGCAGGGUGUCGGCACUGGGAAUGCUGAUGAAGUGGCCGAGCGGGCUGCACAGCAGUGGAUCGCUGACAUAGAUCAGUACGAGAACACCCUCGAGGAGAUGGCUGCCGCCACACUUGAUCAAGAUUUCAAAGAUGAGCUGAGUGCUAUUGAGCAAUGGUUUCGCGUGCUAAGUGAGCCCGAACGUACCGCUGCCUUGUACGCUCUCCUCCAGCAGACGACACAGGUGCAGAUUCGCUUCUUCAUCCAGGUCCUGCAGCAGAUGGCCAAGAAUAGCCCCAUGUCCGGUAUGCUCUCGCCGGCCACGUUUGGUGAGAAGGAUCCAAUGUCCUCGCGUAUGACAGAUGCCAUGAGCAAGCUGAACGUUGAGGGUGGCUCGCGUGGCUCCUUCGGCUUUGGCAGCAAGCCGCCACCAUCUCCAGGAGCCAAGCGUAUGUCGCAGCUAGACCCAAGCACCAUCAAGUCCAUGUUCCCAGAUGCAGCGAACGCGAUCGAGGACCAGAAGGCCGAGUUCCAAAAGACCACCGGCUCCCUGCCCAAGUCCAACAGGAACAGUGCGAUUGGCGAUCGCUCAUCUCAGUACAUGCCAGCCAUGGCCCAGACAGAUGAGGACAGUUCCAAGCGGAAUGGUGUCUCUGGCAUUCCAUCAGGCCCAUGGCGGUCUGCUAGCAGCUCGGAGAACCAGCCGCCAAUCGGACGUCCUAAAUCAUCUUCUAGCAAUCAGUAUGCGACUGCGACUGCACCAAUGGGCCAAUUUGGUACGAYGCCCUUGUCUGCACGCCUCCCACCAACUCCUCGUGGUUUCCCGAUCUCGAGCGACAACAACAUCCAGAGUCAGACCAUCAGCGCCAACGAUAGCUCUGGCAUGCCGAUUCUCUCUCCGUAUGCCCCUGGGGCAAGCUGGGCAUCAAUGACUAAUACUCCGAUGGUUCCCAACUUCAGCCAACAGCAAAGUGGACACCAGGCUGACAUGGUCGCAAACGCCACAGCAAUGAAGUUGGCGGCUCUGUCCACCGUCAACAACCGCCUGCAGCUCGAUGACCCCCGCAAGUUCCGCCGCACGCGCUCGCAGGAAGGCUCCCAGCAGCCAAUGUCGCCAGGCAUGCCAUCCAACAUCCUCAUGACCAAUGUACACGGCCAGGUACUCACCCCGCAGCAAGCCGCGGCCAUGCAGCAACAUCACCUAGCCAGUAUGCAAGCCAAUCGUUCGCGUCCAAACUCCCCUGGUAUCGCCAUCACUGGUCCACCAGGCAGCAACGCGAGCAUGGGUAUGAUGCCGCCGCACACGGCGCAACAGAACGGCUAUCUUGCGGCAUACGAUGGCAACGGUAGCAUGGGCGGGAUGAACAAUGGCAUGGCAGGCUCCAACUUUGGACAAGUCUACAUGGGUGGCUACAGCGAGGGCUAUCUCUCUGACGCUGGAGGUUCUGGAAUGGGAGGCGAGCGAGGACGCUCGCCGAGGGGGCGGAGAGGCAGUUCCAAGCCGCCAGAAGACCCCACCGAUCUCACUCUGCUGAGCGACAUUCCGAACUGGUUGCGUACGCUGAGGCUGCACAAAUAUACCGACAAUCUGAAGGAUAUGCGAUGGCAGGAUCUGGUAGCCCUGGACGAUGCUGGACUGGAAAACAAAGGCGUGGCUGCCAAAGGUGCCAGAAGCAAGCUGCUAAAGGUAUUUGAGCAAGUUCGCGAAGCUCAAAACGAUGGACGCAUUUAG